UAAAGGCAGUGCAGAGAGCAGAAAUCACUGCAGCUGCAGGUGCAGUUUUCUCUCAACUUUUGUCGUUGAGUGAACUGUUGAAAGUUAUACAUUUUGUUGAACUUAUUGAAAAUGGCUUCCUCUAAUAAGAAACUUGAUGAGUAUCACUUGAAAGUUUUACGUGAAUUAGUGACUUUAAACGGGAAUAAACAAUGUUUUGAUUGCCAUCAGCGAGGACCUACUUACGUGAACGUCACAAUAGGAUCAUUUGUAUGCACGACUUGCUCUGGAUUAUUACGAGGCUUAACGCCUCCCCAUAGAGUCAAAUCCAUCUCUAUGGCAAAAUUUACUCCCGAAGAGAUAGAUUUGAUCAAGAAGCAAGGAAAUGAGUAUUGUAGGAAGGUUUGGCUUGGCCUUUGUGAUAAUGAACCUCCAACCAAAGAUGAGCAACAAAUCAAAGACUUUAUGAUUUCGAAAUAUGAACAAAAAAGGUACCAUUUGAGUCCGUCCAAUAGUAGUAAUGGUGUGGCUUUAGCACAGCAGACGAGACAUAGUCAUGCAGUGUCAACCUCAGCUCUCUCUCAUCCUUCAUCUUUAGCGCUAAAACCACCUCCACAACAGGUCAAUGGAAGUAGUAAUUCUAGUAGUAAGAAUAUCAACAAUAACAAUAGUACUAGCAAUGCAUUUACUCCAGAUCAACUAUUCAAUGCCGACUUCAGCAAAGUCACUCAAGAUCCAUUCAGUUCGUCAAGUACUGCUGCACCUGAAGCAUCAUUUGCUAACUUCGACAAUAAUCCUAUCUUUGAUUCAACUUCAACAGGCUGUGGGGGGUCCUCUGACCAGUGGCGAAUGUCGCAGUCUUUCUUGUCGACUUCGUCGUUGCCAUUUGAAGUGCCUAUGCGCGUGCGUCAGCACAGCAUUCCUCCUCCAGCCAACAGAUGGAGCUUUGCUGGGAUCAGUGAUAACAGUUGUCCGACGGAGGAUCGUUACGCUGCUUUGAAGGAUUUGGAUUGCUUGAUGAAAUCACAAAAACAGCAGCAGCAGAGUACUCCACAAGUACAACCUUCUACAUCCCCACCCGAGUGGGGAAUAAAUAAUAAGUUUGGAGCAAGUUGGCCUGCUGGCGCAAUUUUCGGCUCAUCAAACUCAGAAUCAUCAACAUCAAACCCAUUCACAGGAGAGAAGAAUGUUUGGACAAAUUCCAAUUCUUUUAGUGCAAAUCCUUUCAGGAAUGGUCGAGCCACUGUGACAGAGAAUGUUUGGAGCGGAGUCCCCAAUGGUCAACAUACUAAUGGAUUUCCUACAAGUCAGUCAUUGAACUUUAUGCAAUCAAGAACAGCCUGGAAUAAUGAAACCUUCAGCAAUCCUUUUUCAGUUGGCAGUUCAACAUCCGAUGGUCAUCGUUCAAGCAAUCCUUUUCUCUAGAUCUGACACUAAAUAGGUGAAAAUUGCUUGUUACCGUUUUCUAGUGCAAGUUUCGGUAAAUAUUUGAAAUCGAUCAUUCAUCUAUCAUAAGUUAAUGAACCACAAGUUAUUCCACAUCCAAUGAAAUAAGUACUGAAAAUAGAGGUUCUGAAUAAUAUUUUCAAAUCGAGACCUCUGUGAACGAAUUUUAGCUUUCACACACGUGAUAAUAAUAAUAAUACUUAUUAUACAGAAUUUAGAGUAUAAACUAUAGUAUAAAAUUUUAUUCUCGAUACAUUCAAGUUUUAUUGAUGUUAAUCUUGUGCUAAUUAUUAUUGAUGAUCACCUCAUAGACUACUAGUUAGAUGAAAGAAACACAUGUAGUGGAAGUGAACUAUAUGCAACUUAGAAUAAUAACAUGAAUAACUUUCAAUAAAUAGAUUAAUGGGUACAUCCUGGAAUAAAGGAACCUUGAAUAGUUGAUGAAUCGACCUUGACUAGUAUUGUGAAGAAACGGUAACUCAUAAAAUAUCAGUUUGCUGUGUCAAGCUGGUUUUAAAUUUUGUGAAAGAAUGUUCUGUUGAAAAGGACGAUUUUUGGCGUUUUCAUGUUUUGAGCUGGUUUGAAUAAGUUUUGAUUUUUGUGAUGAAUAUGUUUGAAGUUUGGGAUGAAUAGUCCGAUUUACGAUUUUCAUAUUUAAAAUUAGCUGGUAAUCGUCAUCAAAAUUGUAAAUCGGCUUCUUCAUCCAAAACUUCAAACAUAUAUUCAUUACAAAAUUCAAACCAGAUUUACAUAGCAAAAUUCAAAUUAUACGCCUACUCAACAUAACAUUUAAUUCAAAAUCGUUACAAAACCAGUUAAGAACAGUGUGACUUUGCUAACUGUGAACCUGUGAAUUGAUGAAUUCACAGUCAACUGUGUGAAACUGUUUUGAAGUAGUUUUAAAUAUUGUAAUGAUUUUGAAGAAAAAUGUUGUGAAGAGGAGGGAUAAUUUUCUUCAUUCUGCUUUGUAAAUCUAGAUCUGAACUGGUUUCAAAUGGUGUGAUGAAUAUAUUUGAAGAAGUUUGGGAUGAAGAUGCCGAUUGGCUGGGAAUAGCUGUGAAUCGUCAAUACACAACAUUUUAACACUGAACGAAUUUUCUCAUCAAAAACUUUGAAACCUGAAUGAAUGAACCGUUUGAGAAGAAUAUUGGAAGCAACUAUGCUACUUCCUAGGUUGUCCUGACUAGUAUUGUUUCAAGUAGAAUCCGGGUUUCUCCAACUAAUAUUUUUGUUUGAUUUCGUCUCCAUCUGCUAGGAGAAUCAAACCUUCUAGCAGCAGUAAACCACUUUCUUCUCAUAGUUUAAAGAAUUCAACAAGCUAUUUUGACAGUUCCAACUGUCUCCCUUCAUAACUCUACCAUUACUUCAUAUCUUUUCUCUUCAAUCACGCUUCUAAACCCCCAAAGUUUAAAUAUCAUCGGUCCGAUAUUUUUUAUGGGUUUUUGAUAUACAUUAUUUUACUCUUCGGCGCUAUUAUUUGAUGAUUUAUUAUGAGUUUGGUAAAUUGGGGUAAUUUUUUGGGUCAGUUUUGUAUUGUUAGUAUAAGAGGAGUUUGAUGGAAAAAGGGCCCAUGUGCAAAAACCAUGUUUUGAGAAAUCGCUGUCAAAGAUGAACCUAUUCACGCUCAAACGCUUGAUACUGCCUUCUUAAAAUCGUCAUCGCAUCGUUCAGAAAAAACAUAGUGGUAUGAAAAUUUGUAGACAUAUAGAGAAAAUGGCGGCGAAUCCAUUAAGCACUUUGCCGGAAAAAGGGACUGAAGUUCUUAGUGCCCUUUUUCCAUCAAACUCCUCUUAUACUUAAGCUGAUACUGACAAUACAAAAGUGACCAAAAAAUAUAUUAUAUGCCAGUAUCAGUGACACAUCUACUAAAUUAUCUAUUACGUCGUCAGGGUACAAAAUGUGAGUCUGUGUGUGACAGCAAUAGUCAGUGUAGUGAUGUCUAAUAACAGACCUGCUUGUACAGUAUAAUAUCACAAUAUUUUCAACUUUUUUAGUGUACCGUCGACCGGGGUGACUGUCUACCCUGGGGUGACUUUGUCCCACCUCGCGGAAAAAUAUUCAAAUCAGUUUAUCUCCGAUUUAUGUUAUCCGAAAUCGAUGUUCAACAUUGAUAGCCAUAGCCCUAAUCAUUAUCGAGGUUCUACAAUCGAUAUCUUGUCGAAUCUCGAUAUAUUAGUUGAAUUAUCGACAUAAACCCUAACUGCUUGCUUCAUCUUGUGAUUUCAUUGUCGGAAAACUUCCUAUUGAAAAACUUAUUUCUAAAAGACUUAUGAUAUCGGUGAGUCCAUAUUAUUUUGGUCUUUUAAUUAUAUUCCAAUUGGUAUAUCUAUAAUAUCCAUAGUUGAACUGGUUAGGGUUCUGUUAAUAAUUAAAUACAACGAGGUCACUUUUAGGUAAAACUUGUGGUGACUUUGUCCCAGUAUAAAAAUUUUGAUAUGCAGGAUAUGAUGCAAAUACAAUUAAAAAAUCUGAUAAAUAUAAUGUAUUCUACCUAAUAAAACAAAACAAUCACCUUGAUUGAGAUUAAUACUAUGUUUAUAUUCAUUUUUAGCUGAUUCUGCAGCUGGAGCAACAUGCUUCGACGCUGAAAUAGAUCUUUAGGCAGCAGAAACUGAAAUAUUUCUCAAAAAAUAAUCUCUGAAUUUUUUAAGUAGAUUUCAUUUGUUUUCAAUGUCAUUAUUCAUUUUAAAGGUUAACUGUUCGUUUCACUUUGUCUAACUCUUGAAAAUGAAUUUUUUCCAUAUAUUUUUCAAAGUGAGACAAAGUCACCCCAACCCCUGGUUGACAUUGUCUCUUAAUUUCAAAAAAAAAAUGUUUGUUGAAGUAGAGAAAAUUACUAUUUUUUAUUAUGAAAAAUACUCUUCAAACAUUGCAGAAUACAAUAAAAAAUAUUACAAGAGAUUUGUUGCAACUCAAGUAUUGAUUGCAAGCGGUUUAAAAUCUCAACUCUCCAAAAUUGGGACAAAGUCACCCCGGUUUACCGGUAGUGUAGUACUUUCUCAACAAAUGUUUAUACUUUUUCUUUUGAUAUUUUGAAAAUUUAAUUGAUACCUAUUAUCGUUUUCCUAGUAAAAAUCAUUAGAUUCAGUAUUAUCUUUCUAAGUAAGGAUAUAAUAAUACAGGAUCUUUUUCAAAAUAAAAUUGUUAAUAUAUUUUCCCAGUAAAAAUUGUUAUUCAACUUGAGGCUCCUGCAAAAAUUCAAGUUCGAUUCAUCAUAUAGAAUAAUAUAUAGAUAUUGGCCUAAAUGAAAUUAUGCUUAUGAAGUAUCGAUUUUUAAUAAUGAUAAUGCCCUGAUCAAGUCUUUGUUUGUUAAUGUUUUAAUUUCAUUAUAUUCUUACGAAUGAAUCAGUUAUAUCUAUUUUGAAAAUAAUGUAGUAUUUAAUUUGUUAGACGGUCUGUAAAAAUGAACAAUAUUGUUAAUAGUAUAAUGUUAAUAUUAUUUUAAGAGGUUCUAUAUUAUGUGUAUAUUCAUGUUGGAAGAAAUGUCUAUAAUUCUUCAAUAAUUUUUUUCCUUCUUGUUAAUACUUUUUUAAGCGCAAAUUCAUAUCAAGCAUGGUAAUAAUCUAUUAAGGCUGGGUAAAGGCUAAAAAUAAACUUUCUACUCAUGAUAUUUUUCAAAGUUUUUCGAUUUGUAUAUCAUCAAGCUAUCAAAAUGAAAAAGUUUUCUCAGGAAAACAUUUUUUUUCUGAUCAUUACUGUUUGAGAUAUGAGCGCCUGAAGUUUGAAUUUUUGGGACAGAACAUUUCAAAUUCGGUAAUAGAUAAAUCCAUGAGAUUGAGAGGAUAGAUUCUUCAUGGUAUUGUUGAUCUAGUAAAAUAAAUAAUUUUUGAAAAUAUAAAUUUUUAAGAUAGUUAUUCAAUUUACUGAAAAUAACUUUUAGUUGAGUUAUUUCUAGUAAAUUGAAUAACUUUUCAAAAAGUGAUAUUUUCAGAAAAUUCUUGUUUUACUAGAUCAACAAUACAAUGAAGAAUCCAUCCUCUAAAUCUCAUGGAUUUAUAUGCUACCGAAUUUAAAUUGUUCUGUCUCAAAAAUUCAAACUUCAGGCGCUCAUAUCUCAAAAAGUAAUGAUCGAAAAAAAAUGUUUGCCUGGGAAAACUUUUUCAUUUUCAUAGCUUGAUGAUAUACAAAUCGAAAAACUUUGAAAAAUAUCACGAGUAGAAAGUUUAUUUUUAGCCUUUGCACAGCCUUAAUAUUGCAUAUCAGGAGAUAAUUAUUGAUAGAUCAAAUAAUGCGUAACAAUGCCUAUCCAGUUUCUGUAAAGCUCUCAAAUACUUUGGGUGUCGUCUUUUAUGACAUGAAUUUUUGUUAUUAAUCUUGUAACCAACAAUAGGUGAAUUCUAGUGAUGUUAUUCAUUAAUUUAUUCUCUAUUAACUAAUCUAUAUUAUGCUCUCUUGAAAUAUUUAGAUUUUAAAAAUUGGAUUCACUAAUAUAGUAAUAAAUAUCAAUGAUGAAGUUCAGUUGUUGUAUUCAUAUUAUAUUUUGAAAUUUUCAAUUGAAGACAGUAAAUGUUUGAAAUAUCUAAGAGCUUUUUAAUUUUUCGAUGAACUUGUGUCGUCUGACUCUCGUUAAUCAAAUACAAAGAAAUAUUUUAAUUUUACGUAUAUUUUGUAUACGUAUUAAUUUUUGUUUGAUCACUGCUGUGCCUCUCAAUCAAGUCAGACUUGGUUCAGGAAUUGAUUGGAUGUAGUGUUGCAAUAAUAUUGUAGAAUAGAGCGGACAGUUUAGCUGGGCUGAGCUGUGCUACACCUUAACCUUAACGUGUGUCCACUUGCAUCUGUCCAUGAAUGGCGUAAAACGUGUUUUUGUAGAUCUAAAGCCCAUUCAAGUGUGGGUUGCUUGCACAAUCUCAAUUCUUUUCUUCUAGAUAGAUAGAAACGAUAUAUAACAAUAAAUCGUUCUUCAUUUAAGUAAUUAAUGUUGGCACAUUAAAAGUGAUAGUAAAACGAUUUGUUUUAUGUGGAUAUUUCCAGUAUCUUUGAAACGUAGGCAGAAUUUUUAAGAUGAACACAAACUACAGCAAUAGUAUUAUUGUUUUAAGAAUGGGAUGCAUUCUAUGAGUUCUGUCAAAUCUCAAAUUGGUCUCUCAACACAAAAAAAUAUCUUAUCAGAAAUUUUAUAUAUCUUCAUAAAUAUUUUUUAUGUGGUUUCACGCACCUCCUAUAUAAGAACUUUACCUCAAACGUGAACCUCAACGUGUAUAAAUUUAAUUGUAAAUAUAUUUGAAUAGGUUUCCGCUAUUUUUUUAUUGUGAGAUUCUCGUGUUUUUGAAUCUAUUAUUUUGGAUGGAUUUUAAUCGAUUCCCUUUCUCUUUCACACUCACUCACAUGUUUUUAGAAGAAAGUAUUGACUUAUUGAUCUAUCCCAUUCUCUCCAUAUUGUGAGGAUAUCUAUUAGUACUUUCCUCAUUUUUGUUCUCCAUGACUAAUUUUUUAUUAGGUUUUAUUUUAUAGUUUUAAUAAAUCAAUCUUAUUCAUCGAAAAUUUGUUCCAAAUUAACCAAAGUAUCUUAAGCUUACCGAUAUUAUUUAUUACAUGUAUUAUUAUUUUAUUAUGAUAUCAUCAAAAUUCAAAUCUUUUAGCUUUUUAAAGAGUACUUUUCAAUAUGUUUUAGUUUUAUUCUACCUUGUAUAUUCUCAUAUCUAUUUUAAUUAUCAAGCUCCAGUUUUAUUCAAGCCAAAGACAAUAGGAAACUUUAUAAAAUAAAAUUUGAGACAAUUUAAAACAGUGGAGCUCUAUUUUUGUAUAAAUAUUUAGUAUUUAUUUAUUUAUCAAGAACCGUAAUCAUAAACAAAUAUUUUGGAGGUUUGGUAUACUCGGUCUAUCUAUUAGCUAAUACCAUUAUAUUUUCUCAAAUAAUAUUUAUGAUUAUCAUGUUAUCGGAUUAAAUAUAAAAAAUAUAUAUAUCACGUGGAUAAAUUUAUUAUUCAGACGUGUAAUUACUAUUAUCUCAUCUCACACUUAUAAUUUUUUAUCACAUAGCUGAAUAGAUUAUCAUAAUAUGAAAUAAUUGUAUUGCUAUGAAUACUCUAAUAACAUAAAAUUAGAAUGUUGCUGUUGCAAUAAUUAAUCACAAUUCAACAAAAUUUAUGUUCCUCAGAUUUGUAAGUUAUAUCAAAUUCAUUCAGAGGAAUGGCAAUUUUUGACAAUGAAAUGGCCCAACGAACUGGCAGUUUUUAUUAAAUUUAUCUUCUGGAAACUUUUCUUAACUUCAGUGUUGUUUCUUCAAACUCCAAUCCUGAUGUCUGCUGUCAAUGUACAAAGUACAUAGGCAUACGAUUUAGACUGAUUUAUAGCCUACUUGUUAAACCAACUUUUUUUGUAUUCUCAUUUGGACAUGAUAGUUCUUUGAAUACCGGCAAAUGAGUUGAAUUAAGCUAUCUAUAUCGUAAUUAUAAUUAUUAUAGGUGGCUGAGGUUGAAUUAAAUCCAAUUAAUGAUUUUGGGAAAAAUGUAUACUAUACCGUACUACCAUUUCCACGUCUUAUACACUGCAUAUCUGGAUUGUGUUAUUCAUAGUGGCUUGCUAAAUAAUAUGUACCGCUAUUAUUUCAUUUCAUUUAUACAUCAAUAUACUGAUCAUAUAAUUUUGUAUAAUAUAUUUUGUAAUAUUUUUGUGCAAUAAAUUUUUUUAUUUUGUAAA